GUAUGCGCCGCAUUUACGCAGUCAUUUCUUCCCCUGAAAAAACUCUUCCUGAAUAAAGUCGGGGCUGGCGUGAAAGCCCAGGACUGAGGUCAAACUCCGGGCUCCGGGAUGGGAGCAAUUAAGGUUUGUAACCGCGUGGACUCCACGACUUCGGUCCCUUCUCGUCCCCUACUCUCUCCAGUCUGCCUACAAUCAGUAAGUCCCCUGGGGAAAUGCGGUGGGGACACGGGAGCCUCCCUCUGCGUCUCCGCCACCCGUCUGGGCCUCCUAGGGCUACUGUAUUCUUCGCAGCAAACGCUAGAGGCUCGGCACUUCCCAUUUCACAGCUGAGGAAACUAAGGCUCCAGGUUAAGGGCGCGCGGCAGGAAGCGGGGGAGCUCCAGCCUAGCCGUAAACUCUUUGGGGCUCCGGUGGCGACAGAGACACUUCGGCGACUGGGGUUGUCAGGGCGCGCGGGCGAGGCGGCGAGUAAAUAUUUGGGGCUGUAACCCGGGCUCCGGCAACUCACCGUCACUGCGGUUCCCGGGCGGGCGCGUGGCGAGGGCGGCGCCUGGGGGACAGGGGCGUCCCCGCGUGGCGGCUGGGACAGACCUCGCGGCCCCGCCCCGGCCCGCCUCCGCCCGCGGCUAUAAGACGGCAGAGCGGGAGGGUGGCGGCGGUGGGAGAAAGAGCGGGCGUGCGCACCGUGCUGCAGGCGGCUCGGCGGGAGCGCGGCCGGGCGAGGGCGGCCGGCAGAGCGGGAGCGCGGAGCGCGAGAGCCGGCCCGGAGCAGCCCCGGCGUGGGCGCGAGCGGGUGCACCGUUUCCGAGCCCAGCACCUCCUAGGACCCUCCGCCGCUCGCGCGGGGCCGAGCCUGCCCAUGAAGCCGCCGGCUGCGCAGAGCAGCCCCGCGGCGGCCGCGGCCGCAGCCCCGGCCUUGGACUCGGCGGCCGCCGGGGACCUGACGGAUGCGCUGUGCGAGUUUGACGCGGUGCUGGCCGACUUCGCGUCGCCCUUCCACGAGCGCCACUUCCACUACGAGGAGCACCUGGAGCGCAUGAAGCGGCGGAGCAGCGCCAGCGUGAGCGACAGCAGCGGCUUCAGCGACUCCGACAGUGCAGAUUCGCUCUAUAGGAACAGCUUCAGCUUCAGUGAUGAAAAACUGAAUUCUCCAACAGAUGCUGCUCCAGCUCUUCUCUCCCCCACCGUCCCUCCUCGGAAAGCUAAACUAGGAGACACGAAAGAGCUAGAAGACUUUAUUGCUGAUCUUGACAGAACAUUAGCGACACAAUUUGUACGAGACCUGUGGAACAAGCCUGCCUACUUCAUGGAAAUUGCAGCUGGCCGCCCGGUUGUACCAGUUAAUCAGACAUACAUUACGUGGGAAACCUGCCAUUAAGUGUGAUGCUUUGAUGCCUGUCUGCGACGGUGUUAAGCUCUGGUUAAGCCUAGGAAUUGGAAACUCUUAUGAGUGCAUGAUAACCUUAUUUAUCUCCUUUUAACAGGUAUGUGAAACAAGGAGAAGUUCUGGGUCCUUUCAUCCUAAGGGAGAAGCUUCAGAAAGCUCCGAGGACCCUGGUAAACUCAGCUACGGAAUUUGCUGCCAGAGCAGACAGAGAUGAGAACUCACCUACCAGUAGGCCAUUCUCAGACUCGUUCUGAAACCAGCCUUUGAUCAUCUCUGGGCAAUUUAGAGAGUGAAACUGACUUUGUUGACCAGCUUGCAGCAUAUUAGAACAGAUGACCCAUGCUAAUAUUGUAUUUUCUCUCAAAACAUAGCUUUCCUGUAAUUUAAAGUGCAUUUAUGGAAAUAUUUGUAAUUAAUUAUAUAUAGUUGGAAACAGUAAUAUGCUUUUCCCAGUAUAAUAUAUUUUUGUAUGCAAAUAAAAUUUGAACUGGA